UUUGUUUGCCGCAUGAUCGGCCCCAUCUCCGCUUUCGAUCGUUUAUUCUCCAAACGCUGCUAUUCGAGCGAUCUCUCGGUUAAAGAAUGGAAGAUGAAGGGAAUUUGAACAAGUUCAGAGUUGGCCCUCACCCAACCUUGUUUUACAUUCCUGAUUUCAUCACAGACUACCAACAAACUCAGCUCCUCAAUAAUAUUUACCAAGCCCCAGUGUCCAAGUGGAAAUCUUUGAAGAAUAGGAGAUUACAGAACUGGGGAGGUGUUGUCCAUGAGAAGGGUCUUCUCGCUCAAGAUUUGCCUACUUGGCUAACAAGGAUUACAGAAAGGAUAUUUGAAGAGUCAGGGCUCUUCCCCUCAGCAAUUAAUCAUGUGCUAAUCAACGAAUACCUUCCUAACCAAGGAAUAAUGCCACACCAGGAUGGGCCUGCUUAUUUUCCAGUAGUAGCAAUUUUGUCUCUUGGGUCUCCAGUUGUUAUGGACUUCACCCCUCAUUCAAGAUUAAGAUUAGACACAAAUGAUGCAGAGGAUAAAAAUUCAGAUGACAAAAGCUUUGAGAUUGAGACUAAGAAAUGGUUGGAUGAUCAUCAUCCUUUUUCCAUUCUAUUGAUGCCUCGUAGUUUGCUGAUAUUCAAGGAUGAGAUGUUCUCAGAGUACUUGCAUGGUAUAAAAGAUAGCGAGGUGCAGCAGUACGAUAAAGUAGUUAAUGAUAUUGAAGCAUUGGAACAACAUAGGCUAGAUCCAUUGUUUUCAGGCUCAGAGAAAGCAGUUGAAGUAAUGAGAAAUGGCGAACUCAGGAGUAUCCAGAGAACAACCACCAGAAUUUCAUUGACAUGCCGAUUGGUAUUAAAGGUUCACAAAAAUUUGUUCAAGUUUUAGAAUGUUGUGCAAUGAAUUUAGUUUUGUCUUUUCAGAUUGAGAGUAAUCUAUGAAAAAUUCCUAGAAUCACUAGGUUGAAGCCUAGCAUCUAACCUAUCAAAGUUUAGUUGAUAAAAACUUGAAUAAUAGCAUGAUUGGAGCCCUCAAGAAUAUGUAGAUUGCUCCUACAAAAUUGUGUGUGAUUAAAAUAACCGUAAUUCAUGUUUAGUUAGUUUUGUCAUUUUGAUGGUAUUUAUGCAUUGUAAACAUAAACUUUUGGAUGAUUCAUGAAAAGAUACCAUUUAUUGAAGUGCCUUUA